CCCCCCUUAUUGAGAUGACUCUCACUGGUCUAAAGGGAGUAAAGUGCAGACUUUUAUAUCAUUUAAUCAAUUUUAAAGGAAUGCAAAACAACACUUAUAGUGCAGCAAGAGGGACAUAUGUGUUGGAGCUCUUGGUUUUAACAAAUUAAAACAAACUGAAAAAUGUUGGAUCUUUUUAGGGCUUCCCUCUUGGUAAUAUUGCUCGUAUCGGUGGAAGCUCGAACUCGCCGUAGCAUAGAUUUAAUCGCAGCUCACAGUUUAAUCUCCGACACACGGCUUCCUCGUGAAGUCACCCCAAACUUUUACGACUUACAACUCGAACCGCGACCAAAUGAAGGUACUUUUGAAGGCCGAGUUCGAAUCAAUGUCACUUGGCAAGAACCAACUGACAAAAUUACGCUACAUGCACACGAAGAUUUGGACAUUUUUAAAAUCAUCGUCACACAAUUUGCACCAGAUGAUGAAACCGAGAAAGCAUCAUCGACUCCUCUACCACCAACUGAAGUGAGGGUAAUGAGGAUCGAAAGAGUGCCAAAAAAACCGCUCUAUAUCAUCCAUUUAGAGAAAACUGCAAAUAGAGGGACCCAGUGCAUCGUGGACCUUACUUUCAAGGGAAAUAUUAGUAAUGACACAAGUGAGGGCAUUUUCAGGAGUAGUUAUGUGGAUCCAGAGACCAAAAACCGAAAGUGGUUUGUUGCGACACAUUUAAGACCAAAUUUGGCCCGAAAAGUGUUUCCUUGUUUCGACGAACCCGCUUAUAAAGUCCCUUUUGUGAUUACAGUAGCAAGGCAAAAAAAUAUGGUAGCUCUCUCGAACAUGCCUUUGAAAAAUAGCGAACAAAUGAAAGAGAAAAGUGAUUGGGUUUGGGAUCAGUUCCAGCAAACACCUCCAAUAUCCACAUUUUCAGUUGGUAUUGUCGUAUCCGAAUUCAGCAACACUGACUAUAACACAACUGACGAAGACAACAAUUGGAGUACUUAUGCAAAAAAUCGGCAACAUUUUUGCUAUUUUUUUUUUGUAGACUACGAAAUUCGGGUCUGGGCCAGGCCUGACUUUAUCACAGCUUUGGCCAAUGUCACUGAUAAGAUUCGAAAGUCGGUUAAAAUCCUAGAAGAGUUCUGGGGGUGUCCUUAUCCGCUCCCAAAACUCGAUGUUUUAGCCCUUCCGAAUUAUCAAGCGACAAGGCCUGCCGAUAACUGGGGUUUACUCCUUUUCAAGGAAAGUGAGUUAAGUGGUCGUGGCUCUUGGCACAUUUCGCAAGAAUUGACCUAUCAGUGGUUAGGCUCUCUUGCAACGCCUUUUUGGUGGAGUGAUGCUCAUAUUAAUAAUGCGCUGGUUAGAUAUGUGACAGCCUAUACAACCCUCAAAAUGGAAACGAACGAAUCGUUCAACAACUGGCCAAUGACAAUGUUAUACUCAAUUUAUUACGAGUUCAGUAAACGUUACCCACAUGGCAAAAGUACUGCAAUCAAACAAGACUCAACAUCGGCCAAAACUGAGCUAGUUUUCCGCAUGUUAAACUACACCCUUGGCGAACGCACAUUCAAACACGGAUUGCAAAAAUUCAUGGCUGAUCGACAGUACAAGACGUUCUUUGGUGAUGAUAUUUGGAACGCUUUGACCGAACAAGCAAAAUUCGACAAUACUUUAAACGAAUCAACAGUCAACGCAAUUGCAGCUUCGUGGAUCACAAAAGACCGACUACCUGUUGUAAACGUUACGCGAAACUAUAAAGAAAAAUCGGCGAAAAUCAGCCAAAGGGUUUACUUGAGAGAGCGUCCACAUGACGUUCCCGAUAAGGAAAAAUUUGUUUGGUGGAUUCCUGUGAUUUUAAUCCGUCAAGACAGUCUCAAUUUUUCCAACACGAAGCCAAUUGUUUGGAUGAAAAAAGAGAAAGAAAUCACCCUUGAAAAUCUACCAGAGGCAAACCAGUUUAUUAUAGUUAAUCCGGAGGAAAUCGGUCCGUUUCCGGUCAAUUACGACGUGCAAAAUUGGAACAUGUUGGCACAGUUUUUGUGUUCCGAAAACCGGGCGAAAAUCCCGGUGAAUACCCGGGCUAAACUUUUACACGAUGCUUGGAAUUUGGCCUAUGCUGGAGACUUGAGCUUUGCUACAGCUUUAAACAUGACACUGUUUCUCAAAAAUGAAAGAGAAUAUUUGGCUUGGGACCCAGUUUUUACUCUCAUUGAUCACAUUGGACGACAUAUCGACAGUUCCGCAGUUCAUAAAAAAUUCCAAACUUAUGUGAGAUUGUUGUUAACUCCAUUGUACGAAGAGUUGGGUGAGGAGCCUCAAGAGGGUGAAAGUGAAGGUAAGGCACACUUGAGGAGCUCCUCAAAAGUGUUCUUGUGCCAAGCUGGGUAUAAACCAUGCAUUGAGGAAGCACAAGCUGCCUUCAGGAAGUGGAUGGAGAGUGAAAACCCAGAUGAAGGCAAUCCUGUUUCGAAUCAGUACAUUUGUCCAGUAUUUAAAUGGGGCACUAGUGAGGAAUGGGAGUUUGGUUUGCAACGUGUUAUUAAAUUCCCAGCCAACAGGAAGCAAAACGAGCGCACUUAUUUGCUCAAAACUUUAGCAGGAUGUCCUAAUGAAGCUGAGAAAAUUGAAAGAUUGCUCAAUAUUACGAUUUUGGAGCAAAACGGAAACUUUACGGACAACGACAUUUAUCUCAUUUUUAGUAUGUUGACAGGAAGUGCAAAUGGCUAUACCACACUAUUCAAUUUCUUGAAGAAGAAUUGGGAUACGAUUAAAGAGAGAUUCGAGGGCAAACUUCACUUGUGGAACAGUCUGAUAACAUCAGCAACGACAGUUUUCAAAACACAGGAAGGUCUUGAUAUGGUUUCGGAAUUGUACGUUGAACGACAAACCGAAUUCGGAACAGCGGACUUUGUCAUCGAAAAGGCCUUAAAGAACAUCAAAGAAGAGACGAAAUGGAGCAACGAUAACCUCCCUGUUAUCGAAAAAUGGUUAGACGAGUAUUUAGCCAACAACUCGAAAUAAACAUUUAUUUUAUCAGUAAAACAUAUUUAUUGUAUAAAGUUGUAAAAUACAAUAUUUAACACAG